ACGUUAAUUUAGACGUUAAAUGUAACGGGCAAUAUUCGGUUUAGCAAUCAUUGUGGCACUGCUUAGCUUCACCCUUCUCACUUCCCAUACCAACAACAACACCACCUUCUCAACCAGAAUCUUCACUCUCUCACCCACCAAAUCUCAUCAUAUACCUCUUUUCGAUCGCACUUAAGCGUAUGCCAUACUAGCGAGGUGCCUCCUUCUAAAACUUCUGUUUUCCUUUUGGUGGAUUCUGUGAGACAAGCCGUUUUACGGGUUAUGUGAGGGGGUGCUUCUCCUUCUGCUUCAUCUUCAGUCUUACCGACACAUAGUUUUGAGGGUGUUGCACUGUUCGGUUAAUUUUGGUAGUUGGAAUAGUGUCAUACGAGGGAUGUUCGCAAAUAUUGAUGCUUUCGGUGCUUGGAAAGAACUUGGAAUCAUGGGCUUGGUAUAUUUCAUCUUCUGUUCCUCUCUUCAUUGAUCGUUCAGAUUAAGAGGCUUUGGACUUAGGAGGUUGGAAUGAGCAGCUUAAGGCCUGAAUUGCAUGUGGCACAACAAAUUCGGCGCGAUAAACUGAGGAUUCAAAACAGUUCACAACAUUUUCAAGAGUUCCCUAACAAUCUAGAGCAGUUAACAUUACACCCCGGGUUUAACUUGGAUCUUCUUCCAGUAAGGAAUAACGUUCGAAAUGGCAACAUGCUUGACGCGGAAGAAGCGCUUUAUCCAUCGGAAAUGAUAAGUUUCUCCACUGCUUCGAAUCCUCUAUCUGCUCCUAGAAACCCAUUGGAGUGUACUCAAGAGCUAAUGAUGGCUCAGUAUGGUUCCUUUCCUCAUUCAUCUGCAAAGGAACAAUGCGAACCGCGCAAUAACUUGGGUAAUUGGAGAAACAGUGCCCCUCAUCAAGUGAGUGAUUGGAUGGUGAAUUAUAAUGAAAGCAAUCCCAACUCUUUCUUGACUUCUGAGCUCAAUAAUAACCGAGAAAUUCAGAAGCAGUUAGGGGAAAUGCAUUAUACUCCUUCAUCAUCUUCUCCACUUUAUCAUAAUGCUUUGCAGGAUAUGGCUUCGUUGAUGCACGAUGGAGUUUGGGGAGGGAAUCAUGGUGAGCCUGUGGUUCAUCCAAGCUUUGGACAUCAAGCAAAUAGUGAGUUUCGUUUUGGGAGUGCUAAUUUGUGGACAAAUAGUUCAAUGGGCUUCACCGACAAAAAGGUAGUUAAUGAACAAGACACCAACCCGCAGGGCCUAUCUUUGUCACUCUCAUCAAACUCUCAAUCCAAGCCUUCUUUUGAAGAAGGGUCUGCAUCAGAUGAUCCACAGUAUUCAAAGUCUGUGAAAACUACAAUGAAGCCGAAUGUGAAUAUUCCUCGAAGUUGUGGAAAAUCACUUCAAGAUUCAAUGGUAAUGCCUUUAAAUAACAGUGCUACUUAUCGAAAUGUUGGACCCCUUGGUCCUUUUACUGGGUAUGCCACGAUUUUGAAGAGUUCAAAGUUCAUGAAGCCUUGCCAACAGCUGUUAGAUCAAUGGUGCUGUCACAAUGGUUCAAAAUUUACAAAAGGAGGAGCUUGUGAUGUUGUUCCGGAGUGGGUCUCUCGAGAUGUCAGUGCUGCUUCUACUUCUGCUGCUGAUGCUGUUAGUGUUGAUGAAAGUGGGGUUGCUGCAAAAGGUGUUGGCAUCUCAGGUGCUUCAUCGUCUGUGUUGUAUAGUUCAAACGAAAAUAGCGCUGAUGGCGGAGCCGCGAGUAGCUUUUGUCUUUCUUCUCGACCUGCGUGUCAAAAGAAUAAGGCAAAACUACUGUACAUGCAAGAGGAGGUUACCAGGAGAUAUAAGCAGUACCAUCAACAAAUGCAAAUGGUUGUUCAAUCCUUUGAGUCAGUAGCGGGUCUUAGUUCGGCUACACCUUACAUCUCCUUGGCUCUCAAGUCAGUAUCAAAAAACUUCAGGUGUCUAAAAAGUGCUAUCUCAGAUCAACUAAAGCUUACAUGUGAAGUUUUGGGAGAGGACUUCUCACUACCAACUACAAGUACUAGUAAUAAAUUUGACACUAAUAUGGCAAGGCUAAGGUACAUGGACCAAAGUUUUCAAAAAAACAAAUCUGGGGGGCCUAACGUAGACUUUCUUGAGCCCCAACAACACGUUUGGAGGCCCCAGAGAGGCUUACCAGAACGCUCAGUGGCAAUUCUGAAGGCUUGGUUAUUUGAGCAUUUCCUUCAUCCGUACCCCACGGACACUGAUAAACACAUGUUGGCUACCCAAACAGGUCUAUCACGAAACCAGGUAUCAAAUUGGUUCAUAAAUGCUCGAGUCCGUGUUUGGAAGCCAAUGGUUGAGGAAAUACACAUGCUUGAAACAAAAGGCGCAGCAGAAGCCCACCAAAACACUAGCAAAAAUAAUGAUCAGGUAGCUUCAGCCUCUGAAGGUAGCAACCAGCCCAAAGUUGAUCACCAACCUGUGAACAAGUUUGGUACACAUGCACAUGCACGUGCAAUCGCUGAAAAGCAAUUCCAGUGUUUGGAAAUGGGAUCAUCUUCUUCAGCUGGCAAUGAGGAAAACAUUGGAAUGGAUGGAGAACAAUGGAAUGAAGAGAAGCGUUCUAAAUUGGAAUGUCAAAUUAAUACUACACCAAGCUUGGAUGGGACAGUUAUGGGUUUUAUGCCAUAUAGACGUGGUGGGCUUGAGGUUGGGGGAAUUGGGUCCGUGUCACUAACUUUGGGUCUUAGGCAUGGUGUUGAGGGUGUGCAACAACAACAAUUACAUCAAGAAGACGAGCUUAGGCGUCAAUUUGGAGGGCACAUGAUCCGUGACUUUGUCGGCUGAUUAUAUAUAAUCGUUAUGUCUUCUAAGGAGUUGGGGAUAGAAUAAUGGGGUCAAGGAAAUGGAUCCUUUUGCAACUGAGUCACUUGCUAUGGAUGUGGCUAAAUUUUUUUGUUCCCAUUGGUCAAUGAUAAAUGCUUGACAAGGAAAGGGAAGGGUAAGUGUGGAAUUGAAAUUGGUUGGCUAACCUUUCAACUUUGGCUGAUAUAAGCUGCUUCCAUUCAAUGUGAAGCUGGGCACGGACAACUGAGGCAGCUUUGCAAAGACGGGGUGGAAGGCAAGGACAACUUUCAGGUUAAGUAUCCUUGCAUCCACUUUUCUGUAAUGUUUUUAAUCAACUCAAUGUGAUGUUGGGCGCGUAAAAGGGAAAUAGGAAAAAUGUGGUGUGUAAGGUUUUAACGAUUUUCUGUCUUCCCACCUUGAAACAAAAGUAAAUAGAAAGGUGCAUGCUUAUGUG